AUGUGCGACCCAAAUAAUCCUAAUAUCCAAAAUAGAACCACACCUCAGUGGUCUCUGCACUACUCCGCUUGUAACGCAGGGCUAUCUUGGACCCAUCUAGCAAGCCGACAAGCAUUUUAUCGUCACCGUAUAAUACCACGUACUUGCGUAGACACUAAUCAACGUGAUACCGCGACCGAAAUCUUUGGCCAUCGAGUCGACGCCCCCAUUGGCUUUGCCCCGAUUGGUAUCAAUCGAAUAUACCAUCCGGCAGGCGAGCUUUCCGUGGCCAAGGUUGCCGAAGAAUUAAAAUUAACUUACUGUCUGUCUUCUGCUGGAAGUUACAGUAUUGAGGAAGUAGGCAAGGCUAAUGGAGAUGGGCCCCGGUUCGUCCAGCUGUAUCAAAGCCAUGAUGAUGACCAGGCAAUAUCCAUGAUGCAGCGAGCCUUGGAUAAUGGGUUUGAUGUUUGCAUGUUGAUGACAGACACCUGGUCAUUGGCGUGGCACCAUAAUGAUUUUUUCACUGGUAACUACGCCUUUUAUCAUGAUCAUGGAGCGGGAGAUCUAGGUCUUAAAGACCCGGUAUUUCAACAGAGAUUGAAAGAAGCGGGUAUCAAUGAAAAGCAAAAUCCAAUGGAGUUUGGCGCAAAGUGGAUAGAUAAAAAUAUCUGGUAUGGCCGGGCUCACACCUGGGAAAAGGUGAAAUGGACUAUGGCUCAGUGGAAACGUAUCAGCGGUGGCAGAUCAUUUUGUAUAAAAUGUAUACAAAAUGUGGAGGACGCUAAGAAAUGUGUUGAGUUGUAUGAAUUUGAUGGUAUCCUUGUUACAAACCAUGCCGGACGCCAAGUUGAUGGAGCUGUUGCCAGCCUCGACGUACUCGAAAAGAUUGCCGAUGCAAUCAUGUUUGAUUCCUGCGUGCGAAGUGCAGCCGAUGUCUUCAAAGCUUUAGCCCUAGGAGCCAAAUAUGUAUUCAUUAGUCGUCUAUGGGUCUGGGCAUUAAGCAUUUCUAGAGAACAUGGCGUUCGUCAUAUGCUCAAGAGCUUGCUUGCAGAGUUUGAUCUGCUGAUGGAAGAGGCUGGCUAUCCGUUUAUUGACCGUAUAGAUGGGUCUGCAAUUGACAGCCUUCCGCAGGCUGCGAAUUUGAUCGCUGAACAUUCGGGAAUUUAG